AUUAUUAUCAAAAUGGCACCGGUCUUGCUAGCGCCUCUUCAAAAAUAAUUUUGUUAAUUUAUAAUUUAGUGAAGUAAUCCUUUAAAAUGGAGAGAACGUAAGCUUUUCAUAGAUUUAUAGACCUUAACUGCUCAGAAUGUUGCAAUCGCCAUUGAGCCCCCAUGAUGUCACAGGUCAACUUACGACCUUUAGGUCGUACGUUGCUCUCAUCGCAGAUCCGACCCCAGGGAUUGUUGAGAAGAAAUUGAAGGCAGCUCAAGAACUGAGUGAGAAUUUUGAAAGUGUGGUUCUGUCCCCCCAAUAUUCACAGUUCCUGGGCGAGGCACUGAAGGUCUUCCUAAAGAUCCUAGAUGAAGGGGAACCACAGUUUAUUGCUGAACAAAACAUGCAGCAACUGAGAAAGCUACUACUGGAGAUUAUUCAUCGGAUUCCGAGCAAUGAGCACCUGAAGAAAUAUGUUCAGCAGAUCCUCUCACUUAUGUUCAAACUCUUAAAGAUUGAGAACGAGGAGAAUGUCUUGGUGUGUUUACGUAUCAUUAUAGAGCUACACAAACAAUACAGGCCACAGAUGAAUGAGGAGAUAAAAGACUUCCUUCAGUUUGUGAAAACCAUCUACAACACCAUACCCAGUCAUCUGGCCAAGAUCUUUGAGCCUCGCAGUCAGAUUAAGGUCAAGGACGUUACAGAGGUCAAUGUCGACACCAUACUGCAGGAGACCUUCACCACGACAACCAUACUGACAGACAAGAAAAAUGCCGACAACCAGAACAUAUCAUAUAACAUUAUCCCCCGUGGAGUCCUGUCCCUGAAGGUGCUGGCCGAGCUGCCCAUUAUAGUGGUCCUCAUGUACCAGCUGUAUAAACCCAACGUACACCAGGAAGUGGCAGAGUUCAUUCCCCUGAUCAUGAAUACCAUAACACUACAACCCUCAGCCAUUCACAAGACCAGUCCAUCGUUCAACAAGGAAGUGUUUGUGGAUUUCAUUGCAGCUCAGAUAAAAACUCUCUCCUUCCUAGCUUACAUCAUCAGGAUUUAUCAGGAACAAGUCCAGCAGCAUGCUAAUCACAUGGUGAACGGCCUUCUGGGAUUGCUGGAGUUCUGCCCACAGGAAGUGGCCCAUCUCAGGAAGGAGUUACUGAUAGCUGCCCGGCACAUUCUGGCCACAGACCUCAGAAACAAGUUUGUACAGGUCAUUGACAAAUUGUUUGAUGAGAAAAUUUUGAUUGGAUCAGGAUGGACAACUCAUGAAUCUUUACGCCCCCUGGCCUACAGUACCCUGGCUGACCUGGUCCAUCACGUGCGUCAGUCCCUGCCCCUGAAGGAGCUCUCGAUGGCGGUCAACCUUUUCUCUAAGAACGUCCACGACGAGUCCCUCCCCAGCAGUAUACAGACCAUGUCCUGUAAACUCCUACUGAACCUGGUCGAGUGUAUCAGGGCCAAGAGUGAGGCCGAAAAUGGAAAUGGGAGAGAACUGCUGAUGAGAAUGCUGGAAGUGUUUGUCCUGAAGUUCAAAACCAUUGCUAAGAUUCAGCUGCCACAAAUUCUACAGAAAUGCAAACAACAGCCACAAAGUCCAACUCAGCAGACUCCGACCUUGACCGAUGCCAAACAGAAUGUGGAGGUCAAGGUCGAGGCUCCUAAGACUCCAGUGGAGGAGAGUAAACCCCCCAUGACCGCCUCACUCCUGGCUGACACGGCAACCAAGGACACAGACAAAGCUUGGACUGAAAAGUCGCUGCAGAACCGUUUUGGUGUAACUCCUAGUCAGUACAGCGUUUAUUCGGUCAGUGAUUGUAGAAGUUUGGUCAAGACUCUGGUGUGUGGAGUCAAAACCAUCACCUGGGGCAUCGUCUCCUGUAAAGCCGUGGGCGCAGAAGCUGCCACAGUCCAGAACAAGCAGUUCUUACCUAAGGAGGCCCUGGUCUACAUCCGACUGGUCAAGUUUGCUCUGCAGGCACUGGACAUCUACACAAUCAACAUCGGGGCUAAUGGUCAAGCGGUCAUCAGGCCAGCUGUGGUUCAAACAGUAAGAACUAAAGAAGAAAAGGAAGUCCUAGAACAUUUUGCUGGAGUGUUCACGAUGAUGCAUCCAUUGACAUUCAAAGAGAUCUUCUCCUCAACUGUCGAGUACAUGGUGAAUCGGAUUCAUAACAAUUAUGCACUACAGAUUGUUGCAAACUCCUUCCUGGCUAAUCCCACCACCUCUGCCACAUUUGCCACCAUUCUUGUUGACUAUCUGCUGGCCAGGCUAGAGGAAAUGGGAUCCAAUCUGGAUCGGUCCAAUCUCUACCUGAAGUUGUUCAAGCUGGUGUUUGGCUCUGUGUCUCUGUUUGCAAACGAGAAUGAACAAAUGUUAAAGCCACAUCUGCACACGAUAGUGAACCGCUCCAUGGAGCUGGCAAUGAGUGCCAAGGAGCCCUAUAACUACUUCCUGUUACUGAGGGCCCUGUUCCGAUCUAUCGGAGGAGGAAGUCACGACCUGCUGUACCAGGAGUUCCUUCCCUUACUCCCAAAUCUACUACAGGGUUUGAACAGCUUACAGAGUGGACUACACAGGCAGCACAUGAAGGACCUGUUCGUUGAGCUGUGUCUGACUGUUCCGGUCCGUUUGAGCUCCCUCUUACCCUACCUCCCCAUGCUGAUGGACCCCCUGGUGUCGGCGCUGAAUGGGUCACAGACGCUGGUCAGUCAGGGACUGAGGACCCUGGAGCUGUGUGUGGACAAUCUACAGCCCGACUUUCUAUAUGACCACAUACAGCCCGUCAGGGCGGAACUCAUGCAGGCUUUAUGGAAGACCCUGAGAAGUCCAGUGGACAACAUUGCUCAUGUCGCAUUUCGAGUUCUCGGAAAAUUUGGUGGUGGAAAUCGCAAAAUGCUGAGAGAGCCACAGAAGCUCCACUACAAUGACCGUGAGACAGUUGGACCAUGUAUCACCAUCUACUUCCAGGAUUGUAAAACUCCCAUCACUAAACCAGUAGAAAAGGCUGUGGACUUUGCCCUGACCACACUGAAGUGCAGCACCACAGAUAACUUUGCCCGGAGACAGGCCUGGGAACUCAUCAAGUGUUUCCUGGUCUCUGUGAUGAACCUGGAGGACGAAAAACUCACCCUCACCAAUCUGUUUACACACACCAGCUUCACAGAGAAGGAGAUUCCCAUACAGACCAGCCAGCUGUACAAAAAUCCCGACGCUCACUCCAGAAAGGUUCAUGAGCAGGCCCUGACUGGAAUGUUUGUUGCAGCAGCCAUCAAGGAGUUAAGACAGAUUGCUCUCCCCUUCAUGGCGUGUAUGGUCAAACACUACACCAUGAUAGCCAUAUCUCAACAGUGUGGUCCAUUCCCAGUUGGAGACAAACAGAACAAGCUGCAGGGUAUGGACACACAGAUCUUGAUCGAUGCCCUCGCUGUUAUCAUGGGACAUGAAGAGAAGGAGCUGUGUAAACCAGGGAACCUGGCUCUGGUUCUGAUCCUGGAUACAGCUACCACUCUACUGGGAUCUAAAGAGAGGGCCUGUCAGCUGCCCCUGUUUGAGUACCUGGUAGAGAGGAUGUGUUCUCUGUGUUAUGACAGAGCCUGGUACGCCAAGUUUGGAGGGUGCCUUGCUGUCCGCUUUAUGUACGAGAGGAUGGCCCUGAAGUGGGUAUUGGAGCACCAGUUUAUCUUCCUCAAGGCCCUUCUGUUUGUCAUGAUGGACCUUACCAAAGAGGUGUCCAGUGGGGCUGUGGACUUGGCUAAAAAUAACCUGGAGAACAUGCUGAUUAAGUGUGCCUCGGAAAUCGAGGGGGAGAAAGCGUCAGAGGAAAUCCUGGCCGCCCAGAAGAAGUCGUUACAUGAGGUGGUGCACGAACUGGUCAGACAGAUCACCUCCCCCAACACCAUUGUCAGGGAACAGGCCAUGCAUUCCCUGGAGACUCUGGCCAAGACAACAGGGAGAUCAGUGACGGACAUCAUGGAACCUCACAAGGAGGUCCUACAGGACAUGAUACCGCCCAAAAAACAUCUCCUGAGGCACCAGCCCGCCAACGCACAGAUAGGACUCAUGGUAAGUCAUCACCCAACCCCACCUCCCAUAAAACACCUCCUGAGGCACCAGCCCGCCAACGCACAGAUAGGACUCAUGGUAAGUCAACCACAGAUAGGACUCAUGGUAAGUCAGCCCCUCCAUCAUCCCAAAAAACACCUCCUGAGGCACCAUCCAGCCAACGCACAGAUAGGACUCAUG